AUGGAGCUAUCAAGGGGUAAAAUUAUUGUGGAAAAGAAAAUAAAUGAGUACACAAUAGAUGAAGAUGUCUUUUUUUUCGAGCCAUGUGAAGAAGAUAUAUAUGAUAAAAAUAACAACCUGCGGUAUAUAUUUCACAACACAUUUAUUAGGACAGAAGAAGAAAUAAUGAUAAGUGAAUUUAAAAAAUAUUGUAAAAAUAAAUGUUUAAAAAUUAAUAAAAGUUUUUUUGAAAAUGAAUGUCUACGUUAUUUAUAUUCAGCCCAAUUUGAUUUUGCAAAGGCUUUUGACUUAAUUAAGAAUAAUUAUGAAUUUCGAUUAUCUGAUAUAUUACCAAUAAAUGAAAGUGAUAUUAUAGAAUACAUAAAUAAAGGUAUAAUGUAUUGGCAUGGUCGAGAUAAAAAAUGUCGACCUAUUAUUAUAAUAAAUUUAUUAAAUAUCGAAUUAUUAGAUAUUCAAAAAUUAACAAAUUUAUUUUUUUUUUGCUUUGAAUUUUUUUUAAAAUAUUUAUGCAUACCUGGAAAAGUCGAAAAUUAUAUAUCAUUAAUCGAUUGUUCAGGCAUAUCUAUAUCCAAAUUUCCAAUGUCUACUUUUAUGCGAUUAUUAGAAAUUAUGAAUUCAAAAUAUAGAUGUAGAUUAUUUAGAAUGUAUAUUAUCGACGCUCCUAAAAUAUUUAAAUCUUUUGGAAAAUCAUUUUUAAAUUUUGCACCUUCUUAUAUGACUAAGAAAUUAAAAAUUUUAGAUGGAAAUUACUCAUCUUAUUUAAGAGAAGAAAUAUUAGAAACACAAUUAGAAAAAAAAUAUGGAGGAAUACAAGAAAAUAAGGAUAAUGCAUAUUAUCCAUUUUCUUUUUAUAGUAAUUGUUAUUCUACUGAAAAAAAUGCAAAGUCUCCAAAAAAUAAUUCUAUUUUAAUAGACAUAUUUAGUAAAAUGAAUCAUCAAAUAUAUGAUCACAUAGCAUCUGGAUAUUCAAUGCAUUUGAAAUUAAUUGAAAUUGGAGAAAAUGAAUCAAUUAGACAGAAAUAUGACCAUUUGAAGGAGAAAAUAGAUUAUGAAGAAUGUUGUGAAAAAAAAAAAAAUAAAACUAUUAAUGAUUCCCCAGAUAAUGAAGGUACUAAAACAUACUCAAGGGCAAGUACAAACAAUAUUAGUAGUCAAAAAAGUAGCCAAUCAUAUAAAACAUUGAAAAAAAAAAAAAGUAAAAAAUUGAAUCUGAGUACACAAGACAUUUUUAUAAAUAAUAAUUUUAUUAAUUGUAUGAUAAAUAAAAAAUAUUAUAUAGAUAAUUCUAAUAUAAAUUUUAAUAAUCUUAUGAAAAGCCAUAAAUAUAUUAAUUGUAAAUCUAAAUAUAUAGUUAAUAUAGCUAGUUUACAUAAAUGGUUUUUUAAAGUCAAGAAUUUAUAUUUAUCAAAUAUUGCUUCGAACUAUUUAACAAAUAAAUUUCCAUUUUUAAUUGAUCAUAUUGUAAAUAGAUCAAAAUAUAAGUCUUUAUGUGAAUAUAUUAAAUAUAUAGACCAAAUUAGUGGUAAUAAAAAAACAGCAUAUACAACUAAGGGUAGUAUACAAACUAAUAGUGAAAUUAUAAACAGCUUAAGUUGUUCUGAUAAAAAAAUUGAUAAUCCAAAUGCUUUUAUUAAUGCAAGUACAUCUAAUACUAUCUCAAGCAAUAAAGAUCCUCAAGAAAAUACCAAUGCAACAGUAACAACUGCACAUUCAAUAAAUAGUUGUGAUGAAACAAAUGAUAAAGCUAAUUGUAAUAAACGUGAUAUAAUUUCUCAUGGUCGUCCAUCAAAUGUGCAUCCAAAGAACAAAAAUGGGAUCCAUAAUGGACAUAAUUUUAAAAUGAACUCAUCUAAAAAAAUAUGCAAUAAUGGGGAUAUGAAAAAUAAGAUAAUAUACAGAACCGAAUCAAAAAAUGAAAAAAUUCAAUUUUAUUGUGAUUCAGCAUCUAUUUUUGAAGAAAAUACUCAAACAUUAUUAAAUGACAAAAAUAAUAAUAGUAAUAGACGAAAUAAAUAUCAAAAUAAUAUGACAAAUGAAAAAAAUGACCGAAAAAAAAAACAUUAUAAAAUCACGGUAGCCAAUUCAAUAUUUAAAGAUGAAAUUCCCGAACAAAAAUUAGAAAGUAGUCAUAAUAAAAAUGAUAAAAUUUCGGGAAAAUCAAAUAUAAACUUAGAAAAGGGUGCUAAAAACAAUAAUGCUAAUAUUAGCAAUAAUAUUAAUCAUGGUUAUAAGAAAAAAUAUACUAAGGAUAUUAAUGAUGCUGAUGCUAAAAAGGGGUCGAACAUAUCUUAUGAUAAGGGAUUGGAUAAAAAGGGAAGUAUAAUAAAAAAGGAUGAUACGCCAAUAUUCUAUAGCGAAAAUAGAGAACACUUUGAAAAAAAUGUGGCAAUUCAAAAUAAUAAUGAUCCCCAAAAAAAUAUUAAAAAAAAAAGUAAAAGGAUCAAAAUAAUAGGUUUGAAUUUUUUUAACAAAACAUCUCCCACGACCUAA